AUGGUGCAGAUAAAACCGAUGAUGUGUGACCUUUGUUCGGGUUCCGGCGAGUGGUGGUCAUUGGUGGUGAGGGCUGCAGAGGAUUGGUACACUUGUUGGCAGACAGCCACUGCACUUCAACGCGGUGCAUUAGUACCGUCUUUGCCGGAGAACCUUGCAGAUGCACGUUUUAUCCGGUUGGAGGCUCGGGCGUUUGGUAUGUUAAGGGACGCGGUUACAGAUCGUGUUAGGGAAGAGCUGAUUAGCAAACGAACGCUCACCUGCUAUGCUCUUCUUUGCACGAUUUUGAAGACCUACCAGCCCGGUGGGGCCCAGGAGCGUGCAAGACUUCUCGAUGCACUUCAGUAUCCGGGUAAGGCCUCCUCUCCCCAAGAUGCCGUAUCAAAGCUACAACUCUGGCAUCGCUGGUUAGGUCGAGCAGGCUCCCUUGGGGUUCAGAGACCAGACGCUUCUCUACUUCUGAAGGGAUUGGAUGCUCUUUCGGCCCCUUUGCUUGGCCAACACUAUGAACUUCGUUUCAGAGUUAGCUCAGCGAGACAACAGUUGCAACUCGAUCAUAUACCUUCUGAAGCUGGGGUCCUUGAGUUUGCAAGGGUGUUGCAGUCUGAGUUCGAGGUUUUAAGUUUGGCAAUUCCAGAGAAGGCAUCACGAGUCGCAAGGCUUGGGGAAGGCGAUGGUAAGGAGAAGGGGAAGGGUGCCGGUAAGGGCAAGGAAGAGGUUAAGGGUGAUGGUAAGAAGAAGGGUAAGCCUUGCAAAAACUGGAUGACGGCAGGUGGUUGUAGAUUUGCGGCUAAAUGCACGUUCGCGCAUGAGCCUGCGGUUACGAUCCAGAGUGGUCGUUGUUUCCGGUGUUCCGCUGAAGGACAUCGGAAGGAUGCGUGUCCAUACGGGGACACCGGAGCGGAAAGCUCCAACAAACAGGGCACAGGGGCGGAAGCUAAAGCGAAGGCCAAGGCGGCUCCUGGUGUCCGAAAGGCUGGUGUAGGCCAAGGUUCGGGGGACCCGUCCGGGGCUGCAGACCAGGGCGAGUCUGGGAACCUCAGCGGAGGACAAGCGCAAGCGGAGCUCCUUCGCGAAGCCACUGAGGCGCUUAAGGCCCUCGCAUUGAAGGCGAUGCGGGAUGUGGCACCUGCUCCAUCCAGUCCGGUUGACGGUAUGCCGCGGUGUACUGGUCGUUGGUUGGGUGGUGGAAGUUUGGAGUUGAUUGAGGGUGGCGGUGAGCCAAAGGUUUGUACUGUUGUGCGUUCCACUUCUCCGGUAGGAUUGCUGGACAGUGGGGCCACUUGCUGCAUGAGGCAAGCACUUCCGGGGGAGCUGGAAGGCUGCACGAAGCGCACGGUGGCUUUGGCGGUCGGCUCGACGGAUCUACAUGUAAACUCUUGCGGCACGAUUUUGACGAGGGAAGAGGUCAUGCCAAUAGUGUCGUUGUCUCUGUUGGUUCGGAUUGGCUACAAGAUUCGUUGGAAGUCUGAGGGCAAUCUGGAGUUGCGAAGCAAAAAGGGGCUGCGCGUUCCGGUUUCCACCCAGUCUGGUUGUCCUGAGGUUGGCAAGAGUUGCGCGCUACGCAUGAUCGGUGAGAUUGAGGGUUACUUGCGGCGUGUGGAAGGAGUUCGCCGGGUGGCUCCAGUGGUACAGGGUGACUUGACCACUGAUCCUUUGGUUGUGUUGGAUCAGAUCCGUUGCCAGAGGGAUGCGGGUGAAGAUACGUUGGGUUUGGUUAGAUGCUGGCUUGCUUUAGCGUUUCCAGAAGCCCCAGCAGAUCUACUCGACCGUGCAGCGGUGUCCGCUACCGUCAUGGGCAUAGACUCACCUUGGAAUCGGCGGCGACGCAGACAGCUGUCACUUGCCAAGGGGGGCAUUCUUCUGAACUUGUUUGGGAGUGUUGCUAGUGGUGAACUUCGUCAGGUUGCUCAGGCUCAAAACCUUGAGUUGUUGGACGUUGAUGUUGAUGAGGAUCCUUCUCUAGAAUCUACUUUUGCUGGAAUCUUGGGACUUGCUCUUGAGGGUCGGAUACGGAUUGUGCUUGGAGAACCACCAUGCCGUACUUUCGGCGCCCUUCGCACACAACCAGGUGGUCCUCCAGUCGCGCGUGAUCGGUCCGGACCGGGACGAUGGGGAAAAGUGUACCUCUCAGAGGCUGAGUCGGCGAAGGUUCAGCAUGACAACAUCAUGGUCAUCAGACUCAUGUCCAUUCUUCGUGUGGCACAUGCUGCUAAUCAGGCCUUAGGCCGGGGUCCCGUAGGCGUAAUGAUUGCGCAACCACGUGAUCCCAUGACAUAUGUAGCAUGUGACGCUCCAGACUUGUACCCGUGUUUGUUUGCGACCUUGGAGUGGCAUGAGUUGCAAAAAGAAUUGGGGUUGAGCUUGAUUGCUUGUGACCAGGGAGUUUUAGGUUGUGGAGGCGUGAAGCUCACUCACCUGGCGACAAAUCUCAACUUGAGUUGGCUUACUCCUGUCACCGCGGGAGUCUCGCAGCCACUUGGUGAUGAAGCCGGUUCGUGCGUCUCGGUUGCAUGGUCGCCUUGGCCUCCGGGUCUUGUGUAUGCAGUCCAAGUUGCCGUUCGAGAGUUUUUUGCUGAAACAGCGGUUAGGGCCAUGAGUGAAACGGACAGGGCUGCCAUGAAGCGGCACGUUGAACGCGGUCACUUGCCGUAUUGGAAGCGUUGCAGAAGUUGCGUCGAGGGGCGUUCCAAGGAUCGUCGCCACGUGCGUGCUGCGGUUCCCGAGGCAAAUGUGUUAUGCGCGGAUCUGGUUGGGCCGUAUGCCGCCGGAGAGGACGAAAAGAUCGCUCGGGUCCGUUAUGCGUUGGUGUGUGUGCUUGUACUUCCGGAUUUAGAGCGCCUGCAAAAGCAGGAACAUCAAAAGCAGGACUCGCUGGUCGGUGAAGGUGAAGGGUGUCUGGAGGCUGCGGGUGCCGGGUUAAGCGACCUAGAUGAUGGUGAUUCUACCGAACCUGGCCCAAUAGAGCCUGCCGACCCUCUACUCAGCCCAGAGUCCGAGGAACCUGGGCCUGACGGAUGGGAGUCGCCAGGUGUGGGUUUCCGGGAAGUCGUUGAGGAUUCAUGCGCAGGUGAGCUUGAAGCUUUGGACGCCGUUGGCCGCAACCUGUUGGAGAGGCUGCCUACUGUGGAACUGACAUUCACUGAGGUUCUGGGAUCAAAAAGGGGGCGGGAAGUCCUCACAGCUCUCCGGCGAGUGGUCGCUAGGAUUUCAGCUCUCGGAUACCCGAUCGUCCGCCUAAUGACGGAUAGUGGAGCAGAGUUCGUGAACCGUGAUUUGUUGGCUUGGGCAGCGUCGCGCGAGAUUCAGGUUAGCAACACAGGUGCUGACGACUUUCGCCGCAAUGGUAGGGCUGAGAGGUGUGUUGGUAUUCUAAAAGGAAUUGCUCGUACACUACUUCGCUCAAUCGAGCUGCCUGACAAGGCUUGGCCCUUUGCUUUCAGAUAUGCUGCGGAGCUUAGGCUUCGGUCUGCAUUGCAAUAUCUAGGACAUCCGGGAACUCUUCCUUUGGUGCCUUUUGGCACUUCGGUUUUUGCUCGGCAGCGCUCCUGGAAGGUAUCGUUGUGGGAGGCAAAGGUGGUUCAAGCCAUGGUGUUAGCUCCUGCGCGUGAUGUGGCUAAUGCUUAUUUGGUUCAGACGGUGAACGGUGAGUAUUUCGUUACUUCAGUCUUGUUCCGGGAUGUGCUGACAUGUCCGAAUCCACCUGCUGUAGUGAACGAGGACACAUUGCAUGAUCUCGAGCCACCCCUUCGAGCCCCUCAGCGUCGAGUUCGUCGUAAAGUACCCGAAGCUGCCCCCAUCCCUCAGCCUGCCCCGAUUAUCCCUCGAAAGCGGCUUCGUGAGAAGACCACCCUUGCUGCUUUGAGAAAGCACUUCUUCACGGAAGAUGAGCAUGCAGCCAUGCUGGCAGAUACUGUGCCGUUUCAGCUACAUCGUGCGAUUGAGUUUUUGCUCACAUCGUCCUGGGUGCAGUCGGCGUUGAUGCGUGAUGAGCGGAAACUGCUAAGGCAUGAGACCGAGGAUGAUGCAGGAAUGCGCGCGGCGCCCGCUACGGCUGCGUUGCUCACUGACAUUGCAUCGGAGGUUCACUGCCUGGAGCGCGAGCUUGUGUCGUUGCGGGCAGGUUGGUCGGAGCCAGAGUGCGAUGCCUUGCGAGCUUGUCAUGUUGGGGGUGAGCUUGAGUCGUUGAGUGCGCGUGGUGUCGAGCGUGAGCUUGAGUCGUUGAGUGCGCGUGGUGUCGAGCGUGAGCUUGUGGCAUUGAGAGCUUGUCUUGCAGAGCAUGAGCUUGUUGGUUGGAGAGCGUGCCCCGCGGAGCAUGAGCAUGCUGUGUUGAAGGCUUGUCGUGUCGCUGCUGUCGCCGAGGCAUCUGACCACCAUAGGGUUUCCGAUGAGGUUCCAGCUCCGUUGCAAACGCGGACCUACAGCAACGAAGAGGUGUUUGCCGAGUGGUCGGAGCCUUGGAUCGAGUGCACUCGCAAGGAGUUGUCGUCGCUGCUAGAUGUUAAAGGUGCUUUGGCCAGGACUACCGAGGAAGAAAUCCAACGUUGGGUUGAGGAGGGGGCAGAAAUCACCCGAAUCCCAUCAAAGACGGUGUACACGCGGAAAGCGGUAAGUGGACGCCGCAAAUGCCGCAUCGUGUUAUGCGGUAACGCUUUACCCGCCAACCUUGAUGAAUCCUCCUUGGACCGUCGACUGGCUACUUACGCCGGGGGUGUUGACAUCAGUUUGUUGAGAGUCCUCCUAGCCGAAGCUGUGGAGCACCGCUAUCAUCUGGCGGUUUGGGAUAUUUCCACGGCGUUCUUGAACGCCCCGUCCCGUCCCAGAGAUCUGAAAGCAGCUCACCGGGGAAAGAAGCAAAUUGUGAUCGCAACACCGCCAAGACAACUGGUGCGUCGAAAGCUGAUCCCCUCCCACGAACUGUGGAGGGUAUUGUUGGCCGUUUACGGGUUGGACACAAGUCCUCGUGACUGGACGCUGUUUCGCAACGAAACCUUGCGCGACUUGACGGUGCUGGUGGAAGGCGAGGUUCUUCGGUUGAAGGUAUGUGCUGCUGAUAGCAAUAUCUGGUUUGUCGUGCGGCUGGAAAGUGUUGACGCGCCCCUGAAUGUCGGUGUGGUGUGUGGCUGGCUAGCCAUAUACGUUGACGAUUUCUUAGGUGCUGCUCGGCGAGUCUAUGUCGAAGCGAUUUACCACAAGAUCAAGGGCAUUUGGGACAGUGGUGAGUUGGAGCACGUUGUGUGCCGGGGGCAAGGCGAUUCAGUUCGAUUCAAUGGGCUCGAGCUGCAAUGGGACAGCGACGGAAGCGGGUUGUACGUCCAUCAGUCAUCCUACAUCAAAGAUCUGGUUGGGCGAUACCCGGAAGUCAAGUGUCAAGCUGUGCCCCUGUUGCGUCCGCUUUUGAGUGAAACGGCCGAGGAUGACAUUGAGGGCCACCUCAAAGCUUGCCAAAAGGUCUGUGGCGAGCUCCUUUGGCUGGCCGUGAGAACACGACCAGACCUGGUGUUUGCAUGCUCUCGCAUUGCAUCUGCGAUGUGCAAACGUCCACAAGAGGCCUACGGGGCUGCGCUUGGUGUUGUUGGAUACUUGAAGACUACACCUGUGCUUGGCUUGUUCUUUACCACGAAGCCGAGUGCUCAUUGGGGGGAGGCCCGCCGUGCCGUCCAAGCCUCUGGGCUACUUGAAGUGCAUACCGAUGCGGGCUUCGCGCCCGAGGGCCUCCGUAGUCAAGAGUGUGUUUGCAUUUAUUGGCGCGGUUGUUGCGUAUGUUGGGUUUCGACAAGACAAAGCUUUCUCGCCCAGUCGACUUGUGAGGCGGAGUUGGUCUCUACCAUCUCCGGCUGCAAUCUCGGCGACUCCUUGGCCGUCCUCUUGAACGAGUUGUAUUCCAGCCAGGGUUUUCGAAAGAUUCUCCUGAACGACAAUGCUGCUGCCAUCGGCAUCCUAGCUGCGGACACCAACAGCUGGCGCACGCGUCACCUCAAGAUCCGUGCAGGGGCAUUGCGGGAGAAGGUUGCUUUGUUUGAGUGGGAGGUGCUGCACCUCGAUGGUCAGCAUAACACGGCUGACAUCGGGACCAAGAUCCUCCAACAGCCUCGAGUUGAACGCCUGCGGGACCUGAUCGGCAUGAGUGCUGUAGAACCUGCGGUCAGCACCCCUGCAUCUGCAGGGGUUGCUAGAGUUGCAAAAGUGUUGGGCGCGCUUGUCUUUAGCCUUUGCGUUGAACCUUCGGCUGGGGUGCGUGAUCAAGCUGAGUUUUCGGAAGGCCCGUCUUCAUGGAUAGACUGGAUCCUGUUUGCAUUGCUGGUGGUGUGGACAAUCGCAGUAAUUGCAGUGUGGGAAGUGUUGAAGGGUCUCUUUGGGCAGGCCACCAGACGGCCGUUUGAGCCUGAACCUCACGAGGAACCGGAAGGACCUGAAGAAGCGGAUCCUGAAGAUGAGCCUCCGCCGCUUGAGCCGCUGCAUCUUCCCGAGCCCCCACAGACGCCCCACGAUCUGAUUCACGCUAGUAGGGUUGAACGACCUGCUGUAGCGCCUCAUGCUCCUAAUAGGCCCCCUCUGCCUGUUCGAAAUCCUGAGCCCGACCCUGAACAGGUUGCUCAAGAGAUCGUUCAUGAACUGCAUUACAUCGAUGACACUGCCCAGUUUCGAGUUUCGUUGGACCCUCAACCUGCCUCUUGGUUGUAUCCGGCACCGCCGUUGCGCCUGAGAGUUGGUUGGCCUGACCCAGUCCAGCUCACUUUUGAGGACCUUGCUAGAAGCAGUUCGGUUUGGGGUGGGGAUGAAAGCGCGUUGUUUCUGUUGCCGCCCGCUGACCAAGCAGACUUUUUUGAGUCUCCCUCUGCUGGAAGGGCGGUUGUGGUGACUAGGUGGCACUCCACUCCGAGGGUCCGAAUGUUCACGCCAGUGCACACGACCACACCUUUCCGUCUUGAAGUGUUCACCGGGCUCCGACGAACGCUGGUGCAGUAUCUUGAUGGUCGAAGAUCAGUCAUCGAUGAUGACUGGCGCGUCAGAGGCGCUGGACAGGCGUAUCUGCAGAGCCGCUGGCGGGGUCGCACUGAGUUACAGAUUGAUGUUGAUCUGCUUAGCCCCCGGGAGGCUGCUCAGAUCCGUCGUUUAGCGAUUGAUCAGAGAAACCUGCUACGCAGGUAG